AUGAGCGGCGACGAGCUGUCGAUCGGCGCCCACAACCUGCACGUCUACGAGGGGCUGUAUAGAGAGCUAAACCCGCAAGGAGCCCCAUUAACCCCGGCCGGUGAUGCCGCAGCUUUUCUGCGAAGAUCCGGACUUCCGGUCCAGUAUCUCGGCCAAAUCUGGGAGCUGGCCGACUAUGCGAAACGUGGGGCCCUUGAUAAACGAGGCGCUUUCAUCGCGUUCAAGCUGGUCGCCGCGGCGCAGCAGGGACACCCGGUUGUGCAGAGCUCGAUCAUGAUCCCAGGCCUGAACCCGCCGAUGUUGGGCUCCAGAACUGCCACUCCCGCGGUUCCCUCCGGUCCGAGCAGCCUCCAGGCUUCUCCUUCUCGACAGAGCGUACCCCUACCUCGAUCUCCAUCUGGUGGACGUGCCGAGUGGGCCAUUCAACCGGUAGACCAGGCCAAGUACGACUCGAUCUUCAACUCGCUGAGCCCGGAGAACGGGAAGCUGCCCGGGGCCAGGGUCCGCCCCGUCCUCCUCAACUCGGGUCUUCCCCCAGGAGUUUUGGCCAAAAUCUGGGAGGUCGCCGACCAGGACAAAGAUGGCCAGCUCGAUCGGGUGGAGAUGAACGUCGCGCUGCACCUUGUCUACAGAGCGCUUCAAAACGAGGCCCUGCCAAAUAGCCUGCCCCCGUCGCUGAUCCAUCCCAGCAAGGCGAUGUUGUCGAGGAAGACGUCGGUUGCGUCGGCUCUGGAUUAUGGUAGCCAGUCGAUAGGUCGUGGCAGAACCGGAAGUAUGGCUUCCCUGGAAGGAGUCGGCUUCCAAGGUCCGCUUGGAGGCAUGGAUCCGCCGAGAAGCUAUUCUGUGAACCCGGUUCAAGGACGACAGCCAUCAUUGAGCGGCACCCCGGUCCCAAUAACCUCCCCCUCAAGCGAGUGGCCAGUCGAUAUGACGGAAGCGAACGCCGUCUUCCAGCGCUGCGACACGAACCGGGAUGGAUUGGUAUCUGGAGGUGACGUAAUGGGCGAAUUUCUGCGCUCCGGCCUCUCCCAGCCGACGUUGGCCCACAUCUGGACGCUGGCCGACACGCACGCCAAUGGGACCCUCAACCCCGAGCAGUUCGCGUUGGCAAUGCACCUCGUCUCAAUGGCCCGUUCCGGCCAUGAUCUUCCCCCUCAACUUCCCCCUCAUCUAAUUCCGCCUUCAAUGCGCCCGAUGCAAGUCCAGGAGCCCGAGCCUCAGCCAGCCAUGCCCAGCUCCGCCUCGCAGUACAUCGCCUUUGCCGCUCAAUCGGAGAAUGCCGAGCUAAAACAACUCGCCGACGAGAUGCAGCGCCUGAUCGGCGAGCGCCGCGAGACCGACACCAAGAUAACGCAGCUUGAGGCGGACAUGACCGUCAAGAACAGCGCGAUCAGGAACUUACAGGUCGAGCUGACCACGCUGGAGAAUACCGUGAAGCAGCUGGAGCGCCAGAAGACCGAGGCCGGGAAGAGGCUCAAUGAUAUGGAUACCCAGAUCGCGCAGCUUGAAGAGCAGUGUCUGAUGCAGGAGGAGAAGGUUGAUGAGGGCCAGAAUCGGCUCGAUCGGCUGAAGGAAGAGACAGAAAAUGGAGCCGCGAAUGCUCAGAAAAAUGCUGAAACCCUCGGCGUGGCCCAAUCCGAACUUGCCGAUGCCGAGAAUGAGGCCCGCCAGCUGAGUGCUCAGCUUCAGGCCGAAAAGUCGGCCAUGGAGAGGGCGGUGAUGGCGAUGACAACGCUUGAACGCGACGACGAGUCCGCUACUCGGAAACAAGGUCAGAUGGAGGCGGAGCGGAGGAAGAUUGAGGAGACAGCUGAGAAGCUAAAGAAAGCUUUGGAGUCGGAGAAUCCGGAAGAAGCGCUAGCCGGGCAGCCAGAGCUUUUCGCCAGCUACCGUACGCCGGAAAUGUUCACCGACGCUCCCUCGACUUCACAUGCUCCACCGAGACCGGCAAUGCCCAAUGGCAACAAGCCGGUCCCGCCACGACCGGCUCCUCCCCGUGUUAGCCCCGCCCCUGGCUUUGCAGCAGAUCCGUUUGCUGGACAAGAUCCGUUCGCCGGCACCGGGAACAACGCUUCCGGCUUUGCCGACUUCUCCAGCUUCGGAUCCUUCAAC